AUGGGAACACUCUACACUGAUUGGUGGUGGCUCAACUCCAGCGAAGGCACCCGCCUGCCAAGUGCAGUGCAGGUGUGUUUCAGUAGACCAGGAGUGGCCACGGCAGUUUUCCUUUUCUUGACAUCUGAUGGCCUGGUACCUGGGGAACAUCAGCGGCCAAAAGUGACCCUCCUCCUGACUGAUGUCAGUGGAAACAACCACUCCCUUGGAACCUAUGAACUGUCAUGCCAACAUAACCCUCUGGUUAUUAAUGUGACCCAUCACCCAAAUGUCCUGUUCCACCGUACCACCUCAGUGCUGCUGAAUUUCUCAUCCUCAUUGGUGGGCAUCUCAGCGGUGGCUCUAAGGACAUCCUCCCACAUAAGUCCUUCAGCUCCCAAUAACUGCAUCCCAGAGCAUGAGGGGCCAGAUCAUCAGGGACAGAGCUGUGUCCAUCGGCCCUGUGGGGAGCAGGGCAGCUGUGCGCCAUUGCUGCUUGAUCAUGCGGAUGUGGUGAACUGUACGUCUAGUGGCCCAGGUCACAUGAAGUGUGCUAUCACCUGUCAAAGGGGGUUUGCCCUUCAGGCCAGCAGUGGGCAGUACCUCAGACCCAUGCAGAAGGAAAUUCUGCUCACGUGUUCCUCUGGGCACUGGGACCAGGUUGUGAGCUGCAUGCGCCUUGACUGUGGCAUCCCCGACUCAUCUUUAGUGAACUACGCAACCUUCUCCUGCUCAGAGGGAACGGACUUUCUGAAACGCUGCUCAAUCUCCUGUGUCCCACCAGCCAAGCUUCAAGGACUGAGCCCGUGGCUGACCUGUCUUGAAGAUGGGCUCUGGUCUCUCCCCGAAGCCUACUGCAAGUUGGAGUGUGAUGUUCCCCCUGUUAUCCCGAACGCCAACUUGCUCGUGCCUCACUGCCUCCAGGGCAACCAUGACGUGGGCUCUGUCUGCAGAUAUGAAUGCAAACCCGGCUACUACAUGGUGGAGAGUGUGGAGAGUAAAGUCAGGAACAAGUUCCUGAAGAUACAGUGCCUGGAGGGUGGAAUCUGGGAGCAAGGCAGCUGCGUCCCAGUGGUUUGUGAGCCCCCUUCUCCUGUCUUUGAAGGCAUGUAUGAAUGUACCAAUGGCUUUGAGCUCGACAGCCAGUGUGUGCUCAAAUGUAACCAGGAGAGUGAAAGGCUUCCCAUCCUUUGCACUAAGGAGGGACUGUGGACUCAGGAGUUCAAGUUAUGUGAGAACCUGCAAGGGGAAUGUCCACCACCUGCCUCAGAGCUGAAUUUCGUGGAGUACAAGUGUGAACAGGGGUACGGGAUUGGUGCAGUGUGUUCCCCAUCGUGUAUAAUCCCCCCUAGCGAUCCUGUAAUUCUGCCUGAGAACAUCACUGCUGACACGCUGGAGCACUGGAUGGAACCUGUCAAAGUCCAGAGCAUCGUGUGCACUGGGCGGCGCCAAUGGCACCCAGACCCCUUCCUGGUCCACUGCAUCCAGUCGUGUGAGCCUUUCCAGGCGGAUGGUUGGUGUGACACUAUCAACAACCGGGCCUACUGCCGCUACGAUGGGGGAGACUGCUGCUCCUCCACACUCUCCUCCAAGAAGGUCAUUCCAUUUGCUGCUGACUGUGACCUGGAUGAAUGCACCUGCCGAGACCCCAAGGCUGAAGAAAAUCAGUAAUUGUGGGAUCCAGCCCCUCCUUCCACUGCCCUGGAGGCAGUAAGAAAGAGAGGCUUCCCCAAAAGGAAACAAAAGGUGAAUGAAGAAGAAAGACCAUGAAAUGAGGGAAGGAGGAAGAAUGCGAAGGAUCUAUAAGAAAUGCAAGAGGAUGUUUAUAGGUGCCAGUGAUUGCAUCAAGUAGCCCAAAUAGGGAAGAAUCAUAGGCAAAAGUUUCUUCCAAGAGGCAUUUGCUUAAAAGUGGAAGAAGAAAUAUGAUAGAUAUACAAGGAUCCUCCUCCCUCAUUUAUAUUCUAUCCAACCCCAUCCUCAACUCUUGCCCUACUCCCCUACUCCCCACUCUGCCAACUGUUCAGCCCCACCUAACUUGUAAACCAAUACCAAAAUAGUAGAAGAGAAGUUGCCAGGGACACUCUGUUAAUACCCAUUUUGAAUGGAUUGCCAUCUUUCAGGGCUCGUCUACUCUAAACUGGCUCUCGCCCUUUCUUUUGUGUAGUCUUCUGUAGUAAUAAUGAGGUUAGUUAUUAAUUCUUUAUAAGUAUUUAAACAUAAUUAUAUAAAUAUAUAUAUUAUAUUUUUUGCUGUCUACUAAGCUAAAAAUUAUCCAUUGUUCCACACAUGCUGCUGUGAAGUUCACGUCCAAAAUGAAUGCUGGGGGUUUGAGGAUAGAAAGAUAAGUUCUUCUGCCAUCUUUCUAUUGAUAGGAAUUGGCAGGUUGAGAGGGAAUUGGAGAAGGAGAGAGAGAUUAGAUGGAGUUCUUGAGGCUAACAUGUCAGCUAAUCAUCUUUUUGUGAGCUAGGAGCUGGGCCCACUUUGAGGAGAUGGGGGGUUGCAAUGACAACACUAAGAGGCAUGAGAAGUUGGGUGGGACUACCUAUUGGUGAUGGGUCCAGGAGAACUAGACUGUGGUUCUUGAGUAUCCAUCCAAAAAGAAUAUAUUCACUUCUCAGAACUGUUAGUUGGAGGUGGUGAGACAUGGAACUUUCUACACUUCCAUAUGUACCUGCUCCAAGUGUGGCUCUCAGCCUAUCCGUCAGUCAACAAGUUAGUAUUAGGGCUCAUUCUCUGAUCACCAGGAUUACAGGAACUCACGCAUUCCUCAUACUUGGCCUGUGGUCUCACUUCUCCUGAGUCCCCAAGCCUGAUCAUCAUUCACAGCCACAGGACCGAUUGUUGAUUUUCUGGGGAAAAAAUAUGUUAUGGAAAUGACAUAGGAGAAAGGUGGAAGGAGAUAAGAGAUGCAAGUACAGGCAGGGAUGGAGGAGCCAAGGGCGGCCAUAGAGAGGGGAGAGGUCAGGGGUAAAUCAGAGCCCAGGGCAGGAGGAUGAAAUGAGUCAAGGAGAGACUCGGCCUUGUUGCAAGUCUCCAAAGCAGACCAAGGGGGAUCCUUUGAACCAUGCAGAAUCUGAGGCAAAUUCUAUUCAAGUGCGAUGUAUCCAAUCUGUGACCCAGAGAUUUUGAUUUGAGCAAGCUCUGGAAACAUGUGGAGCAAGGGUGACACUCUGUGGGGAGAGAGAAAAAUUUCAGCCAUUUAGGGUCCAUUUUGUUGUCAUUAUCUCUUCUCGUUCAAUAGAUGGACUGUCUGUGAAAUGACCACGUUAACCUGCCUCCGUUUAUGUCCCAGGCUUUCUCUUUGUGCCUGUGGUCUGUUGCAGUUGUGUUUUGGUAAUGAUUUCUUUAUUAGGUCUUGGGGAAAGAGAGUAAUGAGCUAAUUUCUUGUUCAACACCCCAGUUUGUCAUCUCAGGAAGGGUUGGCGGCUUGCCUCCCUCAAAGCUUCUUCUCUGGUGGAAGUGAAGAACAGACGAAAACGAGAGAGCAGCUUUGGUCUCUCUGGAUCGUCUGCUCUCUGGCUCUGACCACAGGUUUUCUGCUGUUCCCAUCAACACUGAAGCAAUGGCCCUGCAAAUAGGAGGAGGAAAUAUUACCCAGCACUCUCUUGAGCCAGACUUCAUGUAGGAAAGAACGAUAUUCUGGAAUGGAAUAAAAAGGAGAAGAGGAUAUACACAUAUUUAUCUGUGGGGAUAUGAAAUGAAGUAGCAGAAUCAUUGGAGAAAGGAAAGAGCAGAGUUUGCCCAUCCAAAAACACUCUUGUCCUCUAUAUUUCUAGCCAUAAGGGAAAGGAUAGCCUGGCUACCUACUGUUCGUUAUCUGCAUUCACAUUUAUUGCCCCUAAGAAGAGAAUAAAUAUUUAUUUCUGGGAUUCUGAUAGGCUUCAAUGUGGAAAGGAGAGUGGAAAAGUUUAGAUUCUCCAUGAAAGAAAAGAGUUGUAUAGUUGUUUUCUUGGGGAAAGUAUCCCAUUUCCUGGAAGUGUGUCCAGGUCUGUGUAGGGGAAUCCUGCCCCGUCUGAGAUUGGGGCCGCGGACGAGUUAUCCUGGGCAUUGCCCAGCUCAAGAAGGCUACAGCCCCCACAAGAAUGCGGAGCCUGUGGUUCAUGCCAGUGUGGGUCUGUGCUCAGUCUCUCCACAGGGGUAACAGUGAGAACAUUGCUCUUUCAUACUUCAUGUAAAAAUAUUUCAUUCUGGGUUGGCAGCCUCUGCAAUUCACCACCGCCCUGGGAAGGCAAGAGGACAGUUCCUGUGGUGUGUGGAAAGCCCCUCAGGCUGUAGGCUGCCCAGCCUUAGUCAGCUCUGGCCAUUCAGAGACAGCAGGUUCUUCCAGCCCUUGUCCCUGGGGCCUAGUGUUGUGAGCGCCUCAGGUCACUAAUCAAGUUGAAGGAUUGACACACCAUGGUUACAGAUCCCCAGUGGAUAUCAGCUCACGCUUGCUCCGUGUGGUGGUCUGGGUUCUGCUGCUCUUACCCAUCCAUGGGGUCACAGAGGCCUCUCCCAGAGGCUCUUCUGUUUCUUUGUUCCCAAAUCACCUCUCUGCAUCCUCCUUUUCUUAGUAACUAGGGCUCUGGUGCCCUGGUUGCCCAUGGCUAGCUGACUCUGAUGAUUAGUGUGACAGCCUCCAACCAGAGAGAUGAGAGGACAGAGUGAGGAGAAUGGGCAGCUGGCAAACUUGUAUGUCAAAGUAAAGAGCUCCUCUUGGUUCUCUCCUUUCCUUCCCUCCAUGACAAGGCAUUGGACUUGGCACUUCCUCUACUCUGUGAGAUCACUAUUGAGUGCGUCAGUUAGCACCCCAAGGGGAUGGCUUGAUUGGGAACACGGUGAAAGGAGCUGAUCUACUGUAUUGUAAUGUAAAACAGCUACAGCCAGUGAUUUUGUAAGAUUAAAAGAUGUUCAUUAAAAAAUCA